CAAACGUCAAACGUUAAAAACCAAAACAUCCAAACUUCUGACUCAGCGCAGCUGUUUGUUUUUCCUUUCUGCUUAAAAAUCUAUCGUGUGAUACUCGCAAAUUCUCGCCGCUUACGCAUCCAGGAUGGACAAUUUUCCGGAGAAAUUGCCCGACCCGGAACCGAUACCACCGAUUGAUCCGAACAAAACGCCGAAGCAAAUCUAUUUCGAGCUUUUGCGCACCUGGGUCAACCAUGCUCAAAUGCAGCAGCAGAUUCAAGCCUACUUCCCGUACUAUCUGAUGAACAACUAUCCGCAGCUUUUCCAGCCGACUUCCGGAACCGGUACGAGUGGGCAGGCGUUGACCAGCAAUGGCGGGGUGGCCACUGGCACUUCAACGGGAAGUCAGGUGCAACCACAACAACAGCAACAGAAUACCAAUCAGAGACGAGCUGCCGAACUUUUGGAACCCGCCCGACAGGAGGAAAUUAUCAAUCGAAACGGAGGCUACGAGUAUGUAAUAGCACCGCUCUGGAAGCGAUUCGUGGCGGAGGCGAUAGAUAUCGUGAUCAUUUUCUUGCUCAAAGUCAUGCUGACAAUGGCCUUCGUCGACUUCUUCGAUAUUAAUUUCUUGGACAUUGAUAUCGAUGCCAUCCGCAAUUCGAUCGAAGAAGACUACACCGAACUGCUGUCGUUCACCUCGGAGCUCAUCUUUCUGGAAAUUAUAACGAAAUGUGCGGUUUGCAUCUACGAAACGCUUUGGACCAUCAACGGAAAUGGUCAGAUUGGUGGAGCGACGCCCGGUAAAAUGCUGAUGGGAAUACGAAUCGUUCACGUAGAAGCCGUGGUCCUGCUGGAUGUCCCUCCACCGGUCGCCAACAAUCAGAUCCCGAUCAAGGCUCUGCUCUAUCCGGCGACGGAUCCGGGCUUCAAGCGCGCCCUGUGCCGAUCGGUGGCCAAGAACGCUCUGAUUGCGCUCUUCUUCCCGAUGUGCUUCCUGAUGUUCUUCUUCAAGCACAACCGAACCAUGUACGACAUCAUGACCAAGACGAUCGUGGUCGAGGACAAUCCGGCUCCGGUGCUGCGAAGGCGCUAAGUGUCCGGGGUCGUGACCCAAAUUAUAGAGAGGUAAGUUUUUAAAGUCAUUAAUAUUGUUUCCUAUGUGAACCACACAGAAAGCACGUAGUGGGUAGUCAAAUUGUGCAAGCAGGGAUUAUUGGGAUUCCAGUGAAGGAGGUUUUUCUUUAUUGUUAGUAAGAAAGCGUUAGCUGCGUAUGGCUGUGUUGCCUUGAUUAAUGUUGAAUGGUCGGUUUACCAAAUAUUUUCUUUCGAUGUAGGAUUACAUCUAUCUUUUUAUUCAAAUAAACAUGAAAGUACAAGUAUUA